UACUUAACUGUUCGGUAAAGUGCGUGAAUACCAACGAGUGUGAUUUUUGCAGCGCGAGCCGAAGGCGAGCGUUGCAAAGCACACGAGUUGGUGUUCACGUACAUUUGCCGAAUCGUUGAGUAAUAUGUUUUACUUAAUUAGUAUAGGUAAAGCUCUCAGUGCCUCACUGUUUAAAACAAGGCAGUUGUCUUUAAGUCACUAUGCGUACAAAAUUACACAAAAAUGUAAAAAAAAUUACAAUUGUAGUUCUUUAAUUAUUCAUCUAAAUGGCAACCCUGCUUUACAUUCGAAGCGUGCUUUUCAGUAGAUAGAAAAGAUAACGUACAUGUGAUAGUGAUUUUGAUUUCUUGAAUAUGAAUUUUUUUCUUCUUAUUCCUUUAAUUUUGAAAUAAAGCAAUGGGUGUUUGAUUUUUAUCUAUCAGAAAAUGAAUUCCGUUUUGUUUUAGUUUAUUUAUUCACAAAAUCAAUUUCGAUUUUUAGUAUUUACAUCUAAAAUGUGAAGUGAUGAUAACAAAGUGGUGUGAAUUUUACUGAAGUACAUAGUUAUGUACUCGUACAUACAAUUUAUUCUUCAAAAAAGAAUUUUAAAACAUGGUUACUUGAUAUCUUUUGAAACUAAAUUUCAUCGAAUACCUUCGAAUGAACUGGCUGAAAGUAGAUUACAGAUUUACGUACAUGUGAUUUCUUACUUCUUUGAGUGAAUUUUACUUCGUUUAGUUCGUUUAGUUUUGAAAUAAAUCGUGGGUGUUCAAUUUCUAUCUAUCAGAAAAUGAAUUUUGUUUUGUUUAUAAUGUGAUGAUAACAAAGUGAUGUGAAUUUUACCAAAGUACUUAUGUACUCAUAUUAUGUAUUACUGUUUAUUCUCGAAAUUAGUUACACUUCACUUGAUCAUUCUCAAUGUGUGUUUUGUUUGUAAAUCAACUCUCCCAAGGAAUUAUCAACAGGUACUGUGGUCUAUGAUGUUCUUACUUUGAAAAAAUUAUUCAUAAAAGAAUUUAACAACGUAACUUGAUAUCUUUUGAAAGUUGAAACUAAAUUUCAUCGAAUAUGUACGAAUAUGAGGAAUGAACUGGCCAAAACCCUUAAUCAUAGUAUUGAAAGUACAGAAGAAUAUUUAAUUUAGUAGUUCAGUUAGAAUAGAUUCGCUCAAAAACGUCUGAAAAAUGUUAUAAAGAUUCACUAAUCGCCAUUUUAUGCAUACUCACAUAUAGGUAUUGUUGAUAUUACGGUUGUGUCACUGAUAAACUCGCGUCAGUACCGUACUGCUGAAAGUAGCCGGUAAAGUGUAACAAUACCGCUCUGAAAACAGUGCGGUACUGAGAGUUUUACCUAUACCUAUUAAGUAAUAGAUAUUUAUUUCAUUUUGGUACCUAUAAGUACGUCUACGUAUGUUAUUUGAAUCAAACAAAAAUGAUUUAUGAUAUCGUCUAUGAAGAAUAGAUAUACCUAGCUUAGUAUACGUAUGCAUGAUAGGUGCUCAUUUAUGAACAGAUUCGCUUAUAAAUACACAAAUAAUUUGGAAUUUUUACUAUUGCUUUAUCGUCUUACAUGUAAUACAGUUGACUUUUUAAACACGAAAAUUUAAGUAAAUUUCAAUCUUUGUUAAAAGUACCCAGGUACCAAAAAAUAAAAAUGUAUUUAAUAGGCGUACUGUCCAAGAUUUUCUACAUCUUGGUCAUCAUUUCGAUGAUAUAUGUCCAAGGUAGCCAAUGCACGAGGGGCAAGACAUUGGGCGAGUACCUAGCGGAAGAGGAAGCUGCUGAGCAGGCGGCAGCGAGGGAGAAAAAGGCAGAAAAAAAGAAUGUACGAUUCAGAUCAGAUUCUACACUAGCCACAGACAUGACUACCUAAGAUAGUUAAUCUCUUAUGUAGGUAUGUAGGUAUUCUAGUGGGUUGCUAUUCAUUGUCUUAUUUCAUACCUACAUAUUAUGUAUUAUAUCUACAGUUAAUUUAUAUUUAAAUAUCUAGGAGCAAAUGUUGCAUAGUGAAGUACGUAGUUUUAAAAUGAUUUUUUGAACAUUAAAAAAAUGGUUGCUGGGGGCCUCACCAGACACCAUUUUAAUUCUAAAAAAGUGUGUGUACAUUACAACAUAAAUUUUCAUAUGAAAGUAUGUCCACUCGAAAACCAUUCAGAUGAUAUUAAAGCUCUCAAAAAAACAUUAAAAUGUUGGAAAAUUAUCAAAAAGUUAUGAAAAUUCAGAAAAAUUUGCCAUAUGGAUGAAAAAGUGUUGAAAACGUGUUGAACUGAUGUAAAAAAUUACAACAAUUUUUGUUAAAAGUGCAUGAAAAACUUUUUAAAAUGUUUUGAAAUUACAUAAAAUCGCGAAAAAAAUCUUCGAAUAUUGUUGUUCUGUACUUGUAAGUAAGUAUGUCUGCAGCUUGAAUAAUUGUAAGGGGCAAAAUAAAACUGAAAGCGACUUGUACAUAUUUAAUCAGUUUUUACACCCCUGAACUCGAGUGUAUCAUGUGUCGUAAUGCAACAUUUGCCCCUACCAAAUACCAAUUAGACUAAUUUAUUUCAAAUUAAACGAAUAUGAGUAAAUUAAUUUGUGGUAAGUAGGUAUACAUCGUUUAUUUUAAUUUUAAAUAUUUUAUUUCAGUUGAAUUGCCGGAUUAAGGCCCGUUUAUAAAAAUAAAUUGUAAUUUUAAAAAUUUUCAAGUCGUAGUUAUUCUUUCUGCAUUUUAGUACCUAUACCUAUUCUAAUUCAAGAUUUUUUUAAAUUCAAAAAUCCUAAAUACGAUACGAGUGGGUAGUUAUUUUAAAUACGAUGACCGAUUGACAAGUAAAAUCAACCCGAUUUAGAAAGUAGGGUAAGAACUGAAUUAAAUUAAAAAAUUCGUAGGCUACAUUUAAGUAAGUAAAUGAAUCUUUACCAGAGUCAAACACCAUACGGGCAAUCGACAAAGAUAUUUAGCUUUGGUCUACGAAACCUACGAAAUAACUUCAAAAAAUUGGGUAAACAAAACUUGGGUCACAGACUUGAAUUCGAGCAUUUCUUCUCUUAUUUCACAUUCGUAGGUCUAGGUACCUAGUACCACUUAGACCUACCUACUAAUACAAUUAGAGUUUUUACAAGAGAAGAGGAUUUAUUUAAAGUUUUCUCCUUUCCGGAGGGGGGUGGGGUGGGGGCGAGAAAUGAUGUUGAAGCGUUAUUCAGUGCAAAAGUUGUUAACCACAAACGUUAGAAAAUCUAAACAUUUUAAUCUCGAAAUAAAAUUGUUUUACAACUCUUGUUCAGCAAAGAUCUUAUAUUUUUAAAAUUUUCUUCGGAAAUAGAAAAGUGAUUGUGAACUCUGUUCAAUUUUGAUGUUCAAAUGUCUCUCUCGACAUGAAUUACAUACGCUUCAAAUUCGUUCUUGCGACGUUUCUCGAAUACCGAAGUGUGUAGGUACCUAUCAAAAAACGUAGACUCGUUACAAGUUGAAAUUUUUGAAAUAAAUCCUGAACACUAUGAUGGCAGUAUUAAUUCAUUUCGUUUCGUAGCACAUGAUAUGUUUUUUUAAAGUGCAAUUUAUAGUUGUGUUUCUUACCAAUAAAUUUUUGAAAAAUAAUCGGCGUUAAUGUGUGUUUUAUUGUUGAUAGAUCUGUUUUAAUAUUAUCUUACUGACUACGAAAAUCGUAGUCGUUGCAUUUCUCGUUGUCUUACUAUCGAUUUUUCGACUCUAGGAGCUCACAAAAAUUAUAUUCAUUUUUUCAAAAUUCUGCGCGGAAAACGAAAAAGAAAAACCAAUUUUAAUACCUAAUAAUAAUGAAUUUGACACGUGUCUUAUCUAUUACACUGAAAAUCUUCUUCAUCAUUUUGAUAAUAAGCAUUCAAAAACAUCAAUGUCCUACACUCACUCACAAUCAGUCUCCUACAGAAGGUCCUAUUCAUACUUCACCUGCACAAACUGAACCUCAAUCUCCUACCCUUGGCAAAAAAUCACUAGGGCAACUUCUAAAAGAGCCCCACCCUGGUCACAAAACCCUGCAGAGUUUCCUAGAUGAGCCGUUCUCAGUUGAAGCUGAGUCUGAGUCUCAACCUAUUGAAGGACACGCCCCAUUGGGACAGUUAAUCAACUAUAAACCUGAACCCGUUAAAAGUGCAUAAUGUUUAGUUCCUCAUAGAUGAGAACUAAUAAUCCAACUGUCUAUAGGUAUAGGUACUCAUCAACUUGCAUUUGUUUUAUGUUAGAUAAUCUUAUUUCUAAAAUUAGCUUCGUAGGUAAUUUUUUACCUUACCUAAUUCAAUUCUAAGCAAAUUUUCUGUCAAUAUUAUUACGUAAGUAUCGGUAGGUACCUAGUUAGUAAUGUACUAAAUUUACUGAGAAACUACAUUACCUAAGUAGGUUAAAAUCUUACACUGAUAAGUUCAUUAAAAUUACCUUGGUGAAUGUAAGUAAGUGAACUGGACAAUUUUUAUAAAAUAUAUUUGCACCUAUUUCGAUUUUUAA